GCAGAACAAUUGCCUUCCAGUACUGCUCAGUGCUCUCUGAUAGCUCUGAGAUGUCCCUUUCUUUGCAUGUAGCUGCUCCAAGGCUGGAUUGUAAAUCCCUUGAUUUUUUUCAUCACCAUGAAUGAUUUAGAUUUCUAACACAUUGUCACAGUGCCCAUUAAAGUGAAAGGAUUGAGGCUAGGCAUGGUUCAGGCAGCUUUCUGUCUGCCCCUCCCCAUUCUUACCUUCUAGGAGCUGACCCUGGUCCUGAUGCGAGGUGUCUCUUAGCAGCAGGUUGGAUGGUCCCACCAGGGGAAGACUGGAAACGACCCAAAAGCACUUAGCACCUCUCUGCAGAAGCACAUCAUCAGCGACUAAAGUGCAAGUGUGACAUGUUGAGCCAGAGAAUUUACAGUUUGUCCGUUUCUUGAAGCGCAUUGGAGAGAAACAGAUGUGCUGCAAUGGUUACAUAAAUUAUUAUUUUGGACUGAAUGGAUUGUUUCGAGUUCAGUUUGUUCUUUGACUUGUCUUACUGACAAUCUGGCAAAUAUGAAUCAUCUUAUGAAUUUUCACAGACAUUUUCAAAGGACAAUUCUCCUGCUUGCCACUUUUUGCAUGGUAAGCAUUGUCAUUUCGGCCUAUUAUUUGUAUACUGGUUAUAAACAAGACAAUGAACUCUCGGAAAUGACAGUGGAAAUAGAAUGUGCAGAUAUUGAAUCUCUGCCAUAUAAGCUAUUAGAACAGAGAGUUGGAAAACCUUCUGUUUCCCUAAGGACGGAGCCUGUUAUCCUCGUAUUCAUAGAGAGUCAAUACUCUCAACUUGGCCAAGACAUCGUAAGCAUUCUAGAAUCCAGCAGAUUUAAAUUCCACUCGGAAAUUGCCCCAGCCAAAGGAGACCUUCCACCACUUACAGAAAACUACGUUGGAAAAUACGUUCUAAUUAUAUAUGAAAACAUUGUGAAAUAUGUGAACAUGGACACAUGGAAUAAAGAGAUUCUGGAUAAAUACUGCCUUCAGUAUGGAGUUGGCAUUAUCGGAUUUCUUAAAGGAAGUGAAAACAGUAUGCAGAAUUCCCAUUUAAAGGGUUUUCCAUUCAGAAUACACAGCAAUAUGUUUGUCAAAAACUGCUGCAUUAAUCCUUUUACACCAAUGCUUCGUAUAACAAGACCCUCAAGAAUAAACAAAGGGUCAUUGUCAGGAAACGAAUGGACCGUGUUUGAGGUUAAUCAGUCUUUCUAUCAACCUGUGGUUUUCACCAAAAUAAAAACGCCGGUUAGUCCCCAACCUCAGAUAUCCAUGUCAAAGAUAUCCUUAUUUGCCACGGUUAUUUACGAUUUGGGCCUUCAUGAUGGGAUCCAACGAGUAUUUUUUGGCAAUAAUUUGAACUUUUGGCUUCACAAGCUCAUUUUUGUAGAUGUUAUUUCGUUCCUGUCAAAGAAAAGCUUGAUUCUGUCCUUGGAAAGAUAUAUUCUUGUGGACAUAGAUGAUAUAUUUGUAGGGAAAGAGGGAACCAGAAUGAAUGUCAACGAUGUCAAGGCUCUACUCGAUACUCAGAAGUUGCUUAGAAAUAAAGUUACUAAUUUCACUUUUAAUCUGGGAUUUUCGGGAAAAUUCUACCAUACAGGUACAGAGAAAGAAGAUAAAGGAGACGACCUUCUGUUGGGAUCAGUGGAUGAGUUCUGGUGGUUUCCUCAUAUGUGGAGUCACAUGCAGCCUCACCUUUUCCAUAAUGAGUCUUCACUGGUGGAACAAAUGAUACUCAACAAAAAAUUUGCUCUGGAGCACGGUAUCCCCACUGACAUGGGUUAUGCAGUGGCACCACAUCACUCGGGUGUCUACCCUGUGCAUAUGCAGCUUUAUGAAGCUUGGAAGAAGAUUUGGGGUAUAAAAGUCACAAGCACUGAAGAAUAUCCUCACCUGAAACCGGCACGCUACAGACAGGGAUUUAUACACAAAAAUAUCAUGGUUCUUCCUCGGCAAACAUGUGGUCUUUUCACUCACACUAUUUUCUACAAGGAGUAUCCUGGUGGUCCUUCUGAACUUGACCGAAGUAUUCAAGGAGGGGAGCUUUUCUUUACUCUUGUUCUCAAUCCAAUCAGCAUCUUCAUGACCCAUUUAUCUAACUAUGGGAAUGACCGUCUUGGUUUGUAUACCUUUGUUAAUCUGGCCAACUUUGUAAAGACGUGGACAAAUUUAAAGCUGCAAACUCUCCCUCCUGUGCAGUUGGCGCAUAAAUACUUUGAGCUCUUCCCAGAGCAGAGAGCCCCUCUCUGGCAGAACCCAUGUGAUGAUAAGCGUCACAGAGAUAUUUGGUCUAAAGAAAAAACAUGUGACCGUCUACCAAAAUUUCUUGUUGUUGGACCUCAGAAAACCGGCACAACUGCAUUAUAUUUAUUCCUAGUUAUGCAUCCCUCCAUAAUCAGCAAUUCGCCGAAUCCCAAAACAUUUGAGGAGUUGCAAUUUUUCAAUGGAAAUAACUACCAGAGAGGGAUAGAUUGGUACAUGGAUUUUUUCCCCAUCCCUAACAACGUAACUACUGAUUUUUUAUUUGAAAAGAGUGCCAACUAUUUUCAUUCAGAGGAAGCGCCGAAGAGAGCAGCAGCCCUGCUACCUAAGGCAAAAGUCAUCACUAUUCUCAUCGACCCCUCUGAUCGGGCGUAUUCUUGGUACCAGCACCAAAGAGCUCACCAGGACAGUGUUGCGCUCAAAUUCAGCUUCUAUGAAGUGAUAACAGCUGGACAACAAUCUCCAACGGAAUUACGGGCGCUCCAGAAGAAAUGCCUGGUACCUGGGUGGUAUGCUACACAUAUAGAGCGUUGGCUGCAGCAUUUUCCAUCUUUACAGGUUCUUAUUGUUGAUGGACAGCAGCUACGAAUAGACCCAGCCAAUGUGAUGGAUGAAGUUCAAAAGUUUCUGGGGGUGUCUCUACAUUACAACUACUCAGAAGCAUUAACGUUUGAUUCACAUAAAGGAUUCUGGUGCCAGCUACUGGAAGAAGGAAAAACAAAAUGUCUGGGAAAGAGCAAGGGUAGAAAAUACCCACCCAUGGAUUCAGAGUGCAGAGCAUUUCUGUCAACCUACUACAGAGAUCAUAAUGUGGAAUUAUCAAAACUUCUACACAGGCUUGGCCAACCUCUUCCUUCUUGGCUAAGGCAAGAACUGCAAAAAGUCAGAUAGCACUAAGAACAAACCCUGUGAGUAUCUCUUGGGGAUGUCAGGUGACCAACGGCCAGUCAGUUCCUCAUCCUUGGAUAUUAUUGACUUCUUCAAGGCGGAAUUCCAAACAAGCCUAUGUUCAAUGUACUGUUGAUACAAAUACAGUACAAGAUCCUGGAGUUUGUUCCUGAAUGAGGCAAUAUCUUUGUUCUGUUUGCCCCCACGCAUUUCGGCAGCCGCUGUUGAGGAUUUGUUUUCCAUGUGCUGGCAUGUGGAUUAUGGCAUUGUCUGAAUCUGGCCCUUUACUUUGAAGUGUGUUGAAUUCUGUAUUGCAUAGUGUUUGGUUGCUGAAUAAACAUGUUCCAGGAAAAUAAAUCUGGUCAUAUAAAACCUUCAAAAGUCAAGUAGCUUGGUCAUUCAAACUGACAAUUCAAUUUUUUAUGUUAAUAAAUAUGUUACCUACAUCGUCUGAGA